AUGUCAACCAACACGGAACAGAUCUUCCUUUACGGCGAGGCUAUUGGCUCUGAGCUCGCCUCGGGCCUCAACAUGCUCGCCUUCCUUGACUUGAACGGCGGAGGCAUCCUGCUCUUCCCAGCCGUGAUUAUCCUCACUCUUGUUCUCACAUACCUACGGUCCCUGGCUCCUAUGAUUAUGACUGGAGCAAAAAGAUGCAUUCUUUCACCCGCUCAGACCUUAUUACUGGGACUUCACUCAUUCCUCCGCCAGCUCUCCACGCCUAUCUCUCGCCAGGAAAUCUAUCAUCGGUGCCAUGCGAGCGUCCGAGGCAUGAUCUUCCGGUCUCGCUUGAUCCAACUCACGACCAAGGGCCUUCAUUGGUUCUUCCCAUCAGACAGCGGACUCAAUAUGGUAGGGCGCCUGUGGGGCCUGGUGAUAGGGCUGAAGUGGAUGUGCAGCUCGAUCUUGAUACCAAGCUAUCAUUACUUGACUGGCAUGACCGCGGGACUAAGUCCAACGGGAAAAAGACAGCACGAAGACUGUCUUGCCGCUAUCGCGCGCAGUGGACUCCCGGACCGUUGGCGCAGGAAGCAAUGGCUGGAAAGCUACCGCUGCACCGGAGUGGAGGCUGGCUUGGAGCUGGGUGAGACUGUCAAAGACAACACUUGGCGACUGUUACCGCUGCCACCUGCGGACGGCGAGAUUCACCACCUCCUUCUUCUUGGCUCCAUGGUUGUCUUUAUCCUUAUUGUUCUCGUGGGGAUCUGGCUGUGGUAUUUGAUCUCUUGCCGAAUCGCUGCCAUGCAAGUGGAAAGACUUCCGCUGGUGGACGGAGGGACGCAGACCUGCGAGUCGCUGCAGACCACAGAUCGCGAGUCGUAUUUGGUUGAGAUGUCCAAGUCACUCGAGGCUAAGAACACACAAUUGCGGAGGCGUUUGGCGAUGCAGGCGGCGGAGUUCGAGAAAAAAGAACAGCGAGUGCAAGAGGCGGUUGAUCGGCAGACGAAAUUCAUGAUGCAUAGAGUCGAGAGUGUGCGCCGCCAAACGAGGAAUGAAGAGGCCACCGUGAUUGACGACUUGCGGAAGACAAUUUCCGAGCUGGAGACCAAGCUCACCAUGGCCAAGGAGCAGGUGCAGUCUGUUGAAGAGGAUGGUGCGGCGCGGGAAAAACUCCAGGACCGCGUCGUGCAGCUGAAGAAGCAAAGCCAAGCCGAGCGUGGAAAGAUACUUGACCAGAGUCAGCAAAUCCAGUCACUCAAACACGAAGUCAAGACUCGGCACGACGAACUUAAGGCUUGUACUGACAAGCUUGUUGACGUUGAAACCCGUCUUGCGGCUGCGGAAGAGCAGUGUAAACAGGUUGUGACUGACGGUCAACAGCUUCUUAACAAGGAUCAGGAAUUGAAAUUAUUCAAAGACGCACUUGAGACUCGCAACGAGGAGCUUAAGGCUUGCACUGACAAGCUUCUCAGCCAUUCAUUGGCGAUCAUGCAGCAGGAGCGUGACGCUGCCAUUGCAGAGGUUACUAAGCUCAAGAGUCAAUUCCACUCGGACCCAAUCGACGCAGAAUUGGAAUUGGCUUUCGCACAGGAUGCCCUCCAAGAGGCUCGGGGCAAAUUGGCCGAGGCCGAAGCCAACGCUCAAAGAACUAUAGAGGAACUCAAAGUUGCCCACGAACUGUCGAUCGGGAAAGAACAUGUAGAAGCCGAGCAGGCGCGGACCCAGGCGUUCCUCCUGAAAGACAAGCUGGACAAGGUUAACGAGGAGAACCGAACCAUGCAGGUCCAAAUCGGACUAGCCACGAGAGACGCGCAGCGCAGCUUGGAACGGGCCGAGACGUCUGAACGGGUCGCCAAAGUUUUCGAGGCCCGUCUGGCCAAAUGGGAGGAGAAAGCGCGCGAUGAGCAGAAGAUUAUCAAGCGUCAGACGGCGGAUGUGGGGUCCGUCACCACGGCCCUCCAGCAAUGUCAGGUCAAAGUGUCGGAGCAGCAGACGAUUAUCAAUGAGCUGACGGCGAAGCUUGAGCAGACGAAGGUGGAGACUCCUGUUUCCGUAGUCGAGGAAAAGCUCCGUGCCGACUUCUUAAUGAUCAAAUCUAUGUACGAAAGAGAGAAGAGAGCUCGCACGGAGGAUCAGAUCCGUUGGUCCAAGCAGAAUCGCGACUUGGGAGAAGAGAAUCAGAAGCUUCGCAUUAGCAUUUCGAAUGCGCAGAAUAAGCGUCCUACCAGACGCAGGGUAGUCGAUUGUCCACCGACCCCAUGCGAUAUGGAUUAG